AAUGAAGGCUGGUAUCUGUCACUUAUGGCACCUAACACAAAGGGCCCAACGUUUCCGUGGCUUGAUCCCUCCAGACUUUACUGCAACUACGAGGUAUGGCGUAAUCUUAUGUCAAGUGCAUUUAAUACAACUGUUUUGGAAUAGAUCAUUUGAUUGCCUGAUUUCCUUAUAUUAUUAUGAUUAUUAUAAUUCCUUCUUGCCACCUGUUCCUUCUUUUUCCCGAGCAGGCCUUUUCAGACUGUGUGAAAGAGCUUCUCAAACCGUUCCAAAGUGAUUCGAUUGACCUGGUGGCUGGAAUAGACGCAAUGGGGUUUAUCCUCGGUUCAGCUGUGGCCACUGCUCUGGGAAAGGGCUUUCUGGCCAUCCGAAAAGCAGGGCACCUAUGUGUAGAAACUCAGAUGCAAGAAUACACGGACUACUCUGGCAGAGAAAAGCUAAUGGAAGUGCGAGUUGAUGUGUUAAAACCAGGUCUACAUGUUCUCAUAGUUGACCAGUGGAUUGAGACUGGGGGCACCAUGAAAGCAGCCAUCAAACUGGUAGAAAAACAGGGAGCAUCUGUUGUAGGAGCAUACUCUUCCAGGAUGUCACCAUUCACAGGGCAUGAUAGUCACUGGUGUCAGGAAUGCAGGCGACAGAUGGAUGUAAAAGCUGGAAGAGAGUUUAUUCAGGCAAAUUGGCAGACAAAUCCAAAUCAUAAGGCAAAAGGUGUUGCUGCCGUGGCCAUUGAGAACAGUGAGGGUGGAAAGUGGAUAAAGGAAAACUACAAGUACUCACACUGCAUCCCGAAGGAACUUCAGUCUCAGAUAGAUGGGCGGUAUCUGGAAUCUUUCAAGGACUUCAACAGUUAAACACAUUACAGAUUAGGUGCCUACAGUCGUGAAAAAAAAAUAAGUACAUCCCAUGGAAAUUGUAGACUUUUCUCAACAUAUUUAAACAAACACCCAUAUUUAAAUAAACAAACAAACAAACACCCAAAUUCACCCUUUUGAUACAGUACCUACAGAUAAAGGUAACCAAUCAACAAAGGAAAUUAGUUAGGAAAUCAUUUAUUCAACAAAAAUAUCAGGAGACAUAAUAUUCUUCUGUGGAUAAAAUAAGUACACCCUUGGCUUCAGAAGUUAAUAUCGCCCCGUUUAACAGAAAUAAUGUCUUGUAGGUGUUGUGUGUAACUGUCCACCAGUCUCUGACAUGAACUUGCUGAAAUUUUUGACCGCUCUUCCAUGCAAAAUUGCUUCAGUUGCAAGACAUUUUUUUUUUUUUGCAGGUACUGCCCUUUUUAACCCCCCCCCCCAAAAAAAAAAAAAACAUUUCAAUGGAGUUCCAAUUUGGGCUUUGACAAGGCCAUUCCAUAACCCUCCAUUUCUUCUUUCUGAGCCAGUCCUUUGGUGGAUUUGCUAGCAUGCUUAGAAUCAUUAUCUUGUUGAAAGGUCUGCCUCCGGUUCAACGUCAACUUUUUAACAGAUGGCCUCAUGUUCUCUUCAAACACUUUGAUAUGAUUCAGAAUUCAUAGUUGAAUCAAUGAAUACAAGUUUCCCAUUCCACAAGGCAGCGAUGUGACCCCAAACCAUAAUAUCUCUACCAUCAUGCUUCCCCAGUUGGUAUGAGGUUCUUCUCCUGAAAAACCAUCUCUGGGGGCGUCGUGGCUCGGGUGGUUGGGGCGCCGUGCCGUGCCGUGGAUGCGGGCGACCCGGGUUCGAUUCCGGCCCGGGGUCGUUUCCCGAUCCCUUCCCGUCUCUCUCUCUCCCGCUCGUUUCCUGUCUCUACACUGUCCUAUCCAAUGAAGGUGCAAAAAGCCCAAAAAAAAAUAUCUUUAAAACCAUCUCUGGUCUGUCCAGAGUACGUUAUUCCAAAAGGCCUGGUCUUUGCCUGUUUGUUUAUUAGCAACCUGUAGUCUUGCUUUCACGUUCCUUUUGGACAGUAAAGGCUUGUCCCUGGCACGCCUCCUAUGCAGGUCAAAUUUGUCUGAUCUCUUUCUGAGUGUAGAUUGAUGCACUUUCACACCAACAGUUGCAAGAGUUACUUGCAGAUCCAGUGAUGAAAUUUUGGUGUUCUUGGAGACUUAUUUUACCAUCAGAUGGUCUGCUCUGGGGCUGAAUUUGCUGCCAGUCCUGGAAAACUGGCAAUUGUUUGAAAUCUACACCACUUGUAGAUGAUUUUCCUGACAGUGGAAUGAUUUAUUUCUAAUAAUUUAGAGACCUUUUUAAAUCCCUUGCCAGUUUCACAGGCAUCCACAACCUUUUUUUUCUAAGCUCCUUAGAGAUCUCUUUAGAUCUUGGCAUGACGACACAACACUUCAGUAGCAAAGAGAACACCAGACCCAAGAUGUCAGGUUUAAAUAAGACGGGUUCCACCUGUACGAGGGUCUAAUCAACAGUAUCUAAUCUGGAACAUCGGAGUCUACUUUUAUGGACUUGGAAAGUAUGAUAAAUACUUAUAUUUAUCAUACUUUCCAAGUCCAUAAAAGUAGAAUUUGACAUUUAAUAUUAACAUGAUUGGACAUUUAUGGACAUAAAAUUAGAAGUAAGAACCCUUACUUUUUCCAGGGUGUCCUUACUUUUUUUGACUGAAAUUUUUAUUCAGUUUAUUAGAAUGACCACAAAAUGUCAAUUUUAUGUGUUGUUUGUUGGAGUAUAUCACCUUUAUCUGUAUGCAUUGUAUCAAAGAGAGGGAAAUGUAUGCUCGUUUAAAUGUUGAGAAAAGUCUACAAUUUCCAUGGGAUGUACUUAUUUUUUUCACACAAGUGCAUGAGGAUAGUAAUAACUACAAGAAGAAAACAAUUGUGCGCUUUGUUCUGCCAUAUACCACAUAUAUGCAUUAUUCUGCUAGUUUCUGGUCUAUCUGAAGAUGAGUACAUCCUCACAAUGUGCAGAAAGAGAAAAUUAUUCUAAAUGCUGCUAAUCCAAGAUAUUAUUCUUCCUCAAAGGUUUACUUAAGACACUGGAUUUUAUUAUUAAGGCUUCAACUAAGAACAUGAAGUAGUUCAUAAUAAGAUUACUGAAAUGGUAUGUGGCUGACAUUUUUUGUAUCUACAUAGGAUAUUUGAUGGCAUGUUAAAGUAUGCUGUAUAGCAUGCUUAAAAAAUAAACAUUGAAAAUAGUACAAAGACAACAUAUCAAAUGAAACAAAAAGGUUUCCAUGACUUGCAAAUCACAGCAUUCCGUUUUUAUUAACAUUUUGCAUAGAAUCUCAGCUUUUUAGAAAUGGGGUUGUA